GGCACCCCCGAGCACCGGUGCGUCGUGCCCCGCGGGGCCAACCUGAGCGGCGAGUGGCGCAACGCCAGCAUCCCGCUGGAGCAGCGGGGCGGGCAGGAGGUGCCGAGCCGCUGCCGCCGCUACCGCCUGGCCGCGCUCGCCAACUUCUCGGCGCUGGGGCUGCGACCCGGCUCCGACGUGGAGCUGGAGGCGCUGGAGCAGGAGCCGUGCCUGGACGGCUGGGAGUACAGCCGCGAUGUYUAUCGCUCCACCAUCGUCACCGAGUGGAAUCUCGUAUGUGCCAACGACUGGAAGGGACCCCUGAGCACCUCCCUGUUCUUUGUGGGUGUCCUGCUGGGAUCUUUCAUCUCAGGACAGCUCUCAGACAAGUUUGGCAGGAAGAAUGUGCUGUUUGCAACUCUGGCAAUGCAGACUGUCUUCAGUUUCAUACAGGUCUUCUCUACCAGCUGGGAGAUGUUUUCAGUGUUGUUUGUGCUGGUUGGCAUGGGACAGAUAUCUAACUACGUGGCAGCAUUUGUUCUUGGCACAGAAAUCCUUGGCAAAUCCAUCCGUGUGCUGUUCUGCACCCUGGGCGUGUGCGUAUUUUACGCCUUUGGUUACAUGUUGCUGCCUCUGUUUGCUUUCUUCAUCCGAGACUGGCGGAUGCUGCUGCUGGCCCUCACCCUGCCCGGGCUGCUCUUCAUCCCACUCUGGUGGGUCAUUCCAGAAUCUCCACGGUGGUUGAUCUCUCAGGGGAGGUUUCAGGAGGCAGAGGACAUCAUCCGAAAAGCUGCAAAAACGAAUGGCAUUACAGCCCCAGAUGUAAUACUUGACCCUAGCGAGCUACAAGAUGUGAAUUCCGAGAAGCAGCAGACAUACACCAUUUUGGAUCUUGUGAAAACCCGAAAUAUCCUAACUAUCACAAUUAUGUCAGUGCUGCUUUGGAUGAUCAUCUCAGUUGGCUAUUUUGGACUUUCUCUUGACACACCUAACUUGCAUGGAGAUGUGUAUGUGAACUGCUUCCUCUCAGCAGUGAUUGAGGUGCCAGCCUACAUCAUUUCGUGGCUGCUGCUCCGCAAUCUCCCCCGACGGUACUCAAUGGCUGCUGCGUUAUUCUUGGGAGGCUGUGUUCUUCUCUUCAUUCAGCUGGUGCCUUCACAUAUCCGUGCUCUGUCUAUUUUUCUGGUGAUGUUGGGGAAGUUUGGGAUCACAUCUGCCUUCUCCAUGGUUUAUGUUUACACGGCUGAGCUCUACCCAACAGUGGUGCGAAACAUGGGAGUKGGAGCGAGCUCCAUGGCCUCCAGGCUGGGCAGCAUCCUCUCUCCUUACUUUGUUUACCUUGGUGCCUAUGAUCGAUUCCUGCCUUACAUCCUGAUGGGGAGCCUGACUGUGCUGUCAGGAAUUCUGACACUAUUUCUGCCUGAAAGCUAUGGUAUGCCUCUUCCUGACACCAUUGAUCAAAUGCUGCUGGUGAAAGGAUUGGAAUACAGGCCUCCAUCUAGUAGCACGAGGGAUUCCAAGGAGGAAGAAGAAAAUCCAGAGAUACUUAAAAGCACAGCUUUUUGAUGGAACUCCUACGUACUUCCUGGUGGACUGAAAGUUAAAUGGACUUUUCUUCUAAAAUUCAUUCUAGAAAGGGCUAGUGGCAACACUUUGUUUUCUGUAAUUUUCUUAUUUAUUAAUUUAAACACUGUGUACCAUACAUUCUCUUUUUAUAUGAACAUAAAUACUUUGUAGCCUUCAAUGACAUUUUUCAGCCAGGGUUGUGUUCAUGUGUACCAUGGAACAGAAUCUGAUCAAUCCUUUAUGUGUAUAGUUAGCUGAAAGAUACUUGAAAAUGAGUUCAAGGGCUGGCAGGGUACCUGGAUUCCUUAGUGAACCUCCUCCAGAGCUAAUGCACAUCAAGAGGUAAAAAUUGCCUGGAAAAGCUGCUCAUUGCUUUUGGUUCCUUGACUUCUGUCUCUGGACAGGAAACUUAUUUAUUAUAAUGAAGGUUAUGAGAACGUGUCUAUCUGUGAUCUUACUCAAAUGACUUUGCAUGUGCUGAAUUUGUUACCAAAUUGAGAAAGAAGCAACAAAAGAUUUUGAGAAUUAAUUCUUAUUUGGUAUGUUUUAACUCAGCAUAGACUGAAAGGAUUGUUUUGCAUAAAGUAUUUGGCACUGAAAUUCUGUUCACAAAAUUCACUUGAUUCCAAUGCCAGAUUUGAACUGUACCUUCUUGGUUGAAGUUGUUUACAUCUGACCUUGGAUGUGGCCUGUUUCCAGGCUGGAUUUAUUCUAAAUAAUGCAAAUGGUUUCACCUGUGUGUAGAGGGAGUGGUCUGAGUUUGGGAUUCUCCCCUUUCAAUUUGUGGUGACAGUUUUAUGUGAAAAUUGUUUUAAUGUUUUCUGUGCAAUUUGGAUGAUGGAAACAAUUCUGCUGUCUUUGUUCUGUGUUUUUCCCACGUGUGCAUAUACACAUGCACACAAUUAAUGCAUUUAGUCAUAAAUUUUUGUGUUAAUCAUGCCACUGCAUUGACCUCACGAUGGAAUGCACUGAGAACAAAACUCAGAAUAUAUUUCUGACCACUGGUUCUCRAUCCUCAAGUGUUAACUGUAUGAUUGCUGUGAGGUCUGUUGUUUCACUCAAACUUGUGUAAUCAGUGAAUUGCUUUCAAWUUGUUUUUUAAACCCCCAACAAACCCACAAAUCUUGUUGACAGUCUGCCGAGAAAUUGUUCCUUGUGCUGUGGAAGUUUGGCAUUAUCUGUGUUUCUUUAAAUAUACAAUAUAUAUGUACACACAGUCUCGUUUGUGCUGUGCUGGUUAUAGUGUGACAGAUGUGAGCUGUAAAAGGUUUCUCUCUCAUGGCACUUGUAUUUUGUUCUGUCUUAUUAAAUUAAGACAAUAAUAAUAAACAGACUAAACCUUUGUAGCCAAAGCUGUCAGGGUCCUUACUCUACUGCAGCAGCUGGUUGGGAAAGUUUUGCAUUUUCCUAUGGUAUUUAAAUAUACAGGUGGUGUUGGCUGAUUCCAGUCUUUCAUUAAUCAAUAUCCCCAAUUCUGACCUUGGUAACAGACUCCAGCAGUGGGACUGGUGUGUGCCUUGGACUGCUUGUCACAGGAACAAGAAAGUAGAAAACACUGUAGACUAUAGUAGUUCGGUUUGRUUAAAUUCUUUCUACCAGUGUCUUGAGCUCUAGGGUUUGCUUCACUUUUCCUGCAUUUUCUCACCUCUUUAUUUAGCGUUUUAAUUUGUGCAUGCAGCAGGAAGCUGACCAAUGUCAGCAGGUCAGAAAAUGACACUGACAAACAUAGUGUUGUCAACUUUCCCAAGGAAAGAAAUCCAAAGCUUGGGGCAGGUUGGGUGUCACUCMUGUUUAGUAGGUUGACAAGCCCUGAGCAGGCAGGUUUAAAAUGCAGUGUGUGAUUUGAGUCUACUGCCAGAACUGAGAACCUGGAUUUUACAGAGUUCACUGCACAUCACAGAGCRGCCCUGACAUGAGCAAACACAUGUCAGGGGAGUGCAUGUAACAGCCAGUCUUCCUUGCCCAAAAACGUGUCCUGAUUUGUUAGACUUACACCCUUUUUGAAACAUUCAUUGCAGACAUGAGAGUAUGGUGUAAAACUUGUUACAGAUAUUUUUCUUUGUAAACCUUAUGUCAGGGAACUGGAACAUUGAGAAGCAGCUUUUUUUGUGUGUGUUGUAGAAGAAUGAUCUGAUAACCACAGGAAUCUGAGGCAAAACACAUUGAGYUGCAACUUCCUUGUAAUGAAUUUGCCAAUGUAAACAACCAUGUCCCAUAAGACUUCCUGUAAACAGCUUCAGAAAAUACCCUAAAAUAUAAGAGACAUGCUUGCCUGAUACAUGAUUUAGUCUGGAAAUUCCAGUCCUGAAGUGUCCARUUAACAUCUGGUUCAGCUGUAGUUUUUUACCCACUGUUUUAUCAAAGUAUGUGCCCUGAAAGAGAGACUUUUGUUCUUGAACUUUUAAAUAUUUUGAUGUUUACUARAGGUCUUUGUGGGGUUUUCUGUUGUUACAGUUGGUUUGGUUUGUUUUUUUAUAUCCAGACAAAUCAGGGAACUUCCCAGUUGUGACUAAUACUACAAAACUCAAUGGCAAUUCACUUUGUGUCAAAAAAGGGGUUUUCCCUUGCUUAUGAUUUUAAAAACAUAAAGUCUGAGUCAGAAAUUUGCAACAUAAUUAAUAUAGCAGACUGGGGKUUUUUUUGUACUUAGAGUUUUAUCUUAGUCCUUUCAAGUUCAGCUCUAAACCAAGGAUCGUGUUGUAGUGGGUAGGCAGAAUCCAGCUAUCUCCAAAAGAAACUGAGGGAAUAUUCURAUAUAGGUAGCUGAUCUGACCCCUGCAAACAAGAUGUAGACAAAAGGACCUGAUAUAGUUAUGGGCAGAUCUCAGAGUGGCGUCAGUGCUGGCAGCAGGUCAGAUUUGUAGCAUAGAGUGUGACCAUGAAUACACCUGCAGAACAAGGAGAAGGGACAGRAUUUACCCCAGAGGCAUUGAGAUARACCUGUGAGCUCAUGCUGCUGUGGAGGAAGAUGAAAAAGACUUUAACAUUCAGACUGACCUUAACCUGGGAAAUCCUGCAUUGUUUGGGUGCCUGUAACCUGUAUCACAGCAGCAAUGCAARUUACAGUUACCUGGUUAGGCAGGAUUGCCUGUCGCCAGAGAACAAUCACACUGCAAUAUCUUCACCAAGGGAACUGGCCCUGGGGACAAGGAUCCCUUCCUUUCCAGCUCUCAGGCUGACUCCUGUUGUCAUCUCAGGCAUGGCAGAUAAUCCUGUGCCUUUGAUUUCUUUGCUUGCAGGUGGAAAUGCCACUGACUCAAAAGGUAUCACAACUACUUGUGGUGUUCUUGCUCCACAGUCAAUCAUUGUUGGAAUCUCUGACUCCCCUGACAGUGAAUGUAAUGCUCCCAUGAGCAUCAUUUAGUAUUUAAUCUUCUAGAAUGAGGCAACUUUGGCUGACUUCUGACACGAUUUUGUGAAGAGGUGUGAACUCCUCCCCCCUUUCUMAGUGAGCAUUUGGGGUGAGUGGGUACACAGGGAGGGGGUGCAUUGCCCAGGAAGUUGGACUGCAAUACCUAUUUCAGUAUUUGUAGAAUAGAACCUUAGUCCUGGCAGUUGUAAAUURUUUUCUUAAAAUGUAGAAUCAGCUCUGGACCAUAAAGCCUUACUUAGAAAUGCCUUUGGGAGUACUUUAAACCAGUAAUGGCCAYAGCCUUGUAUAUAAAAAGAUAUAUAAAUUUCUUUGAAGAAUGUAAAUAUUCCUAGCUGUAACUACAUUGAUUCUUACCCUAGUUUUUUUAUAGAGAAA